AUGACAACCGCCUAUAGACAGAAGGCUUUCGAUGACGAUGUAGACAGCAGUGCUGGUACUCGAAGGACAGACACUAGGAACAAUGAGCGUCGUCGUUCCGAAGCUCCUCUUUCUAACGUUCCUCUUUCCGAAGGUCCUCAGAGCAACGGUCGGGAUAAUCGGCCACCCAGCGAUCUGUUCAACGGCGAUGCGGAACCCGUGACAUAUCAGCCGUUGAUCGGCGUUCUCUCGCAGCCCGGAAUUGCGGACAGCGGCGAGAUUGCACGCGUGUUCAACGCGACGGUAGAGAACCAUUUCGCCAACUUAUCUUAUAUCGCAGCGUCUUAUGUAAAGUUUAUCGAGGCCGGAGGCGCUAGAGUCGUGCCAAUUAUUUACAACGAGCCGCGCCGCCAGAUUAUUAAGAAGCUCCGGUUGGUGAACGGACUGGUGCUGCCGGGAGGCGACGCGAAUAAGCGAGGAAGGUUCCUCCGGACCGUUCGUCGGUUACUGAAGAUGGCCAUGUCGUUCAAUGACAAUGGCGACUAUUUCCCUAUUUAUGCCGAGUGCCUCAGCUUCGAAAUGCUCACCAUCAUCCUCAGCACGGGAGGUCGCAAGGUAUUGGAGCCGACCAACGCUAAGAGGCCCAGCACGCUGCAGUUCGUGGGAGAAUGGGCCAAGGACAGAAACAUGUUCGCAUGGAUGCGCAGAAGACUAGUGGACCGACUGGAAAAGGAAAACCUGACCAUGGAGAAUCAUAAGUAUGGGUUGACUCCCGAGACGUUCAACGCCGAUGAGGGUCUCUCGUCCUUAUUUAACAUCCUCACCACCACUGCUGAUGAUGACGGCAAGGAGUACAUAUCAACGGUGGAGGCCAAGCAAUACCCCUUCACUGCUCUACAGUGGCACCCCGAGAAGAAUGCGUACGAGUGGGGCAACCCCAUCUUCCCACACUCCUCCGAUGCUGUGCAGAUCACACAUGCUGCCGGCACAUUCUUUGCCAAUGAGGCCCGCAAGUCCGGCCACAAACCACGGUCAAGGCGUGAGUUGUACCGUUAUCUGAUAUACAACUAUGACCCAGUGUUCACAGGAAAGGAAGGGUCGUUCCAUUAUGAUCAAGCGUACGUAUUUCAGUGCAAGAAUGCGAGCGACACUAUGUGUUUCUUUCCCAAGGAUAGACUCGGAACAGCACCCCAGAAUGCUCUGUACUCACAUAACGGGAUUCCUGGACAACACUCGCGCAGCCACAUCAGCUCCACGUCGCCAUCAGUAGGUCAUAAUCCUUCAUCAUUCCUCGUCCGUCGCCUCUCUUUUGGAAGUUUUGUUAGACCCUUCGUCCAUAAUUGUCAUUGUCACUGGAAAAGCGUCAGUCAUGGCGCUGUGCCGGCAGCUCGUUGCUGUUCCGCAUCCUACGCGUUACGUGGUUCUGGAUCCGUCUUUAAGUUCUCGGAAUCCCGGUCCUCUGUUCCUGCCGUCACUACCUACAGCGCUAACGGGACGAUUUCGAAGACGUCUAAAGCGAAGAAGAAUUCAGCGACGCGGACCAAGCAGCCGAAAAGGACUGAAAGACGCGCUUCCCGGACGAAUGGCGAAUCAUGGGAUGCCACGUCAGCGGCGUCAGAACCGGAUUUCUCGUGGGCCAGUGGCACAACUGUAGCUGCUUUAGGUCGCCGUGAGGAUGACGUGGACGGGGAAGGAUCUGACGUGGCGCCAAGAAGCAGAGCAACAAGGGGUUUACGUGCUGACAACAAGCAAGAGCUUGAAAAUGCAGGUACCGCUCCUGUCGCCGCGGCAGUCGCCGCAUCAACCGCCGCAUCAAGCGCUGCAUCAACCGCCGUCCUUGAAGAUGCACCAGUCAUUAGCGAGGAAGAUAAGGCAGGGAUUGUCGCAGGCACGCCCGCUGCUGACGUGGCUAGGGAGCGAGGACAGGAUGAGGACGAGGACGAGGAAGAGGAAGAGGAAGAGGAAGAGGAGUGGGAUGAGGAUUGGGAGGACGAAGAUGAGGGAGAGGAAGACGAUGUGAGGGUAGAGUUUUGGGAGGGUGAUUUACCCCCGAUGACUGAGGAGGAGGAGCGGGAGUUGCUUCUAGAGGCGGAGCGCGAAAUCGCGCAACUGGAGGCGGAGAAACUGGCGGGAGUUGCGCCCGCGGCGGGGCGCAUGGUGGACGGCGAUUGGCUGCAGGAAGACGGGGAGAUCGGUGCGGAGGCGGGGCGGGAGAUGGGCGCGGGAGAAGCGGCGCGCGGGGAAGUGGCGGAGGCGAGUAAUGGCGCGGGGGGAGGGGUGGCGGACAUGGAGGGGGAGAUUGCGGCGCUGCGGCGCCAGCUGGCUGAGAUGGAGAUGGCGCUGGCGGAAGCCAAGGCGCGGGAGAGGGCGCAGGCAGCGGCGGAAGGGCUUAGGGGACAGGUAACCCCUGAACCCCGGGGUUUUGCGGCUGAGCCCGCAGGGUCGAUCGGAGAAAGGAAGGCGGCAGCAGUGAGUGUGCGAGACGAGGGCACCACCGGAUCUGCUCGCGACGAAAAAGUAGGGGGAGAGGAGCAGGAGGGAGAGGGUGAGGACGAAGAGGAGGAGGACGAGGAUGAUUUGUCUCAUUUGAGGAGGAAAGAGCAGAGGCGGCUGCGAGAGGAGAUGCGGUGGCUAGAAGGAAAAGACGAGGACGGAUGGGAAGGCAACGACCCCUCCUCCUCAUCACCACCAGCAUCAGACGCGGAGCGAAGAGGGUUACCAGCAGUGAUGCGCUGCUUCGACAUGGCGAAAAUCUACAUCAAAGCCGGCGACGGCGGCGACGGGGUAGUGGCGUUCCGCCGGGAGAAGUUUGUUCCGGACGGCGGCCCGUCGGGGGGCAACGGCGGGCGGGGCGGCAACGUAAUCAUUACUGCCGACCCGGCGCUGAACUCGCUCCUGCCGUUCCGCCGGUCGGUGCAUUUCAGGGCGACGCGCGGCGCGCAUGGGAAGGGGAGUAACAGGCACGGCGAGGCGGGUCGGGACGUGGAGAUUAAAGUCCCUCCGGGGACUAUUGUUCGCGAGGUGCAGGGGGAGGGGGAGGGGGAGGGGCGCGCGCUGCUGGAGCUGGUGCGCGCGGGGCAGAGCGAGGUGCUGCUGGCGGGGGGGAGGGGCGGGCGGGGGAACGCGGCGUUCAAGACUGGGCGCACCAACGCACCCCAGAUUGCGGAGAAGGGGGAGGAGGGGCCCGAGAUGUGGGUGCAGCUGGAGUUGAGAGUGGUGGCAGAUGUGGGCAUCGUGGGCGCACCCAACGCGGGCAAGUCAACGCUGCUCGCUGCCAUCUCUGCCGCGCGCCCCAAAGUGGCGAACUACCCGUUCACAACACUAGUCCCAAAUUUAGGGGUGGUGGCAUUGCCAGGCGGCUUUGACAGCAUGGUGUGGGCGGACGUGCCUGGGCUGCUGGAGGGCGCGCACGUGGGGCGAGGGCUGGGGCACCAGUUUCUGAGACACACCGACCGCUGCAGAGUGCUGAUUCACGUGGUGGAUGGCAGCAGCCCCCAGCCCUACUUGGAGCUCCAGGCAGUGACUCGCGAGCUCGCCCUCUUCUCGCCCUCCCUCGCUGCCAAGCCCCGUGUCAUCGUGUUUAAUAAGAUGGACCUGCCAGAUGCGCAGCAGCAGUGGGGAAGCUUCCAGGAAGCCGGCACACAUGAGGUGGUGCGGGCGGCUUAUGACUUGCUGAAGCGCGUUCAAAGGGAGAGGGACGGAUGGGGGGACGAGGAGGAGGAAGAAGCCCCCAACACCACGCGCCAGCGCCUGGGAUUAGCAGCGGAGGUGCAGAGGGCGAGGCGGGCGGCAGUGAACGAGUUCCGGGUGGCAUUCGAUGGACACACGCGCGUGUUUGAGGUCACGGGGGAGGGCAUCGAGCGAUUCGUACAGAUGACCAACUGGGAGUACUUCGAAGCAGUGCGGCGCUUUGCCCACGUAUUGGAGGCGAGUGGAAUCAACGAGGCACUGAGGGCGCGGGGCGUGCGGGAGGGCGACACUGUUGUCAUUGGGCAGUUGGAGUUCACGUGGAGAGAUUCAGAUGAUAUAAUGGAAGCAGUGGGGGGCGACUGGAAGCGCGGCAUCAGGGGAUCGAAGCUGUGGCCGCACUAG